AAUAUGUCGGCUUUAUUUUAUCAUAUCAUAUAAAUGAUAUAAUUUCAUUUUGACAACUAAGUUCUCAGAACAGACAAAAAAUACAAUUUUUUAUUCUUGCGUGUCUAUGUUAUAUAAUCAAUAAAAUAUUCAAUAAUGUCGUCCACAUUAGUAAUCAAUUGGAAUAUGGAACCAAUUAAUUUGUUAGAUAGAAGAAAGAUUAAUGCAUGAUUUUCAAUAGUCAACUAAAAAUUAUAGGUAGCAAGCAAGAUAGAAGAAAAGAAAAUGGAGAGCAUUGAAAUAGACCAAUUCCACUCAUUUGUAUUUUCUCUUCUUGAACUUGAACUUGAACUCCAAUUCCAUUUCUCAUUUGUCACAUUUUUAUUUUGCAACAAAUUUUGACACCAUGAAUUUAUCUUUCAUAAAUUUAUCUUUGAUUUUCCUUUUGUUUACUACUAGUACUUCCGUUUCCGGUAAAAUAUUUUCAGAUCAUAUCUCACCGGAUUUCACUGCUUCAUAUCUUACUGGUGAUGGUAACACUGGCACAUUCUUGGUGUCGCGAAACAACACAUUCAAGGCAGCUAUAUUCAAUCCUGACAAACAACAAACAAGUUUCUUCUAUUUAUGCAUCAUUCAUUCUGCGUCGAACACUAUCAUUUGGUCUGCUAACCGUGACGCUCCCAUCUCCAAUUCCGAUAUAGUAAAACUAACCGGUGAAGGGAUAACAAUUUUUGACAAAAAUGGAAAUUCCAAAUGGUCAACACCAACACUUAAAUCACAAGUAAAAAAACUUUCACUCACUGAGAUGGGAAACCUUGUGUUACUUGAUCAAUUCAAUCAUUCUCUUUGGGAGAGUUUUCAACAUCCAACCGAUACAAUUGUUAUGGGACAGCGUUUAUCGGUGGGAUCAUCAUUGUCAAGUGCUUCAUCAAGUUCAAAUUUCUCAACUGGAAAUUACAACCUUACAAUCACAUCUUCUGAUGCAAUUCUUCAAUGGUUUGGACAAACAUAUUGGAAACUUUCAGUAGAUUCAAAAGCUUACAGGAUUUCACAUGAUGAUAUUCAAUACAUGACAGUAAACACAACAGGUUUUUAUAUCUUUGGACAUAAUGAAACAGUACUUGUUUAUCAACUUGGUUUAUCGGUAACUAAUUUUCGUAUCGCCAAAUUGGCUUACAAUGGCCAAUUUACUAUUAGUAGUAGCCAACUUUCAGGAGAAAGUUUGAAGCAGGAAUUUGUUGGACCAAAUGAUGCUUGUCAAAUUCCAUUAGCUUGUGGAAGAUUAGGUUUAUGUAAUGAUAACACUUUAUCAUCAUCUUCACCUGGUUGUUCUUGUCCUUCAAAUUUCCAUGUUGCAUCAGGUAAUUCCGGUGGUUGUGUUCCGAACGAUGGAUCUCGUUCUUUGUCCUUAGCUUGUACUAAUUCUUCUACAAAUAAUCAUAGUCAAUCAGUUGUUUCUUUUUUGAGUAUAGGAUAUGGUGUUAGGUACUUUGGAAAUAAAUAUUCUGAUCCAAUUAUAUAUGGAGUGAAUAUGUCUGUUUGUCAAGGUUUAUGUUCAAGUAACUGUUCUUGUUUAGGAAUUUUGUAUAGAAAUUCAUCUGGUUCUUGCUACAUGAUUGAAAAUGAGUUAGGAUCAAUUAAUAAUGGAGGUGAAGGUGACAUGUUAGGGUUGAUUAAAACUAAUGUUAGAUUUGAUAUUGAUAAUGAAGAAACUUCUCAAAAAGAUGGAUUUCCUGUUAUUGCUGCAGUUUUGUUACCAAUUGCUGGAAUGAUUCUAUUAAUGGUUCUUGUUUUUUUGGUUAUGUGGAGAAAAUUCCGAAAGUCGAAGAAGCAAGAGGUAAAAUUAGGGAAACAAAUCUCGAUCUCGCAUUCUUCAUGCGAAUUGGAUUUGGAUCCCUUCUCCAUUCCUGGUUUACCUAUGAGGUUCGACUACGAAGAGCUUGAGGUGGCUACUGAUAAUUUUAAGACUCUGAUAGGAUCUGGUGCAUUCGGCGUAGUGUACAAAGGUGUCUUACCUGAUAAGACUAUUGUGGCGGUAAAGAAAAUAAUCAACAUUGGAAUUCAAGGGAAGAAAGAUUUCUUGGCCGAGAUAGCUGUUAUUGGAAACAUUCAUCAUGUUAAUUUAGUUAGACUCAAAGGCUUUUGUGCUCAAAGGGGACACAGAAUGUUGGUGUACGAGUACAUGAACCAUGGUUCACUCGAUCGCAACCUCUUCGGUGGUGUUGGACAACCAGUUUUGGAAUGGCAAGAGAGGCUUGAUGUUGCACUUGGAACAGCGCGCGGACUUGCUUAUCUUCACAGCGGAUGUGAGCAAAAGAUAAUUCACUGUGAUAUCAAACCAGAGAAUAUUCUUUUGCAUGAUCAUUUUCAAGCUAGAAUAUCUGAUUUCGGACUUUCGAAACUUCUUAGUCCUGAACAAUCUGGUUUGUUCACAACCAUGAGAGGAACUCGCGGUUAUCUUGCUCCUGAAUGGCUCACAAAUUCAGCAAUUUCGGAGAAAACUGAUGUAUAUAGUUUUGGAAUGGUGCUUCUUGAAUUGAUUAGUGGUAGAAAAAACUGUUCUUUCAAAUCAAGAAGUCAUAGCAUGGAUGAUGAUCAUAAGAAUAGCAAUGGAAAUAAUGGAAAUUCAUCAAACUCAUCAACAACAGGACUUAUUUAUUUUCCACUUUAUGCAUUAGAGAUGCAUGAACAAAAGAGUUACAUGGAUUUAGCUGAUCCAAGGCUAGAAGGACGCGUUACAAUCGAUGAAGUUGAGAAACUUGUUCGAAUUGCAUUGUGUUGUGUUCAUGAAGAUCCAGCACUUAGGCCAAACAUGGUUACUGUUGUUGGAAUGUUGGAAGGUGGAACUCCAUUACCACAACCUAGGAUGGACUCUUUGAAUUUUUUAAGGUUCUAUGGUCGUAGGUUUUCUGAGGCUUCAGUUAUAGCAGAAGAAAAUGAACAUGGUUCUGCGAUGAUGCAACAACUGCGUGAUUCAACACGGUUCGUUAGUGGGUUUUCUUACAUAUCUUCACAACAAAUCUCAGGGCCAAGAUAGUGAAUUCUGUUAAUUGUGCUUUGUUUCUUCUUCGUUUUUUCGGUCUGAUAUUAAUUUUAUGUUGAUAUAUAUAUAUAAAUAUAGGAUUGCUUCUGUAUGUAAUUUGAAGUCGGACCUUGAAAAUGAAAUGUAUGUCUUUUAAAUCUUCA